AUGAUUGAAGUGUUUCUUCCAAACUUGGCUUCUUUGUUCAUUAGAUCGAAGAGUUUGUUCUUGAUCUUGAAGAAAAGGAUUGGAGUCCCUUUGGAAUUGAGAAUAUUGGUCUUGAUUACUCAUGCCAAGACUGAGACCGGCCCAAGAACUAUAAAUCUCUCUCUCUCUCUCUCUCUCUCUCUCUCUGUUAGCAAUUCUUUUACUCACCCAGAGGAAAAAAAAUUGGAGAUGAAAACAAUGAGACCCUUUCCAGUAAUGUGCUUGAUUUUACUAGUUUUGGUACAAGAAACAUCUUCUUAUUCCAUGAGGCAGCACAAGCUAAGAAGAAUGGAAGCAAAGCUUCAAGAAACUCAACAGCAUUUUCCAUUGUCCCUCCAAGCUCCAGAAACUAAACAGAAUGGGAGAGUGUUCUAUCCAAUUGGGUAUGGUGCUGAUCCCACUGGAAUAAAAGAGAGCAGUGAUGCCAUCCUGGGUGCACUGAAUGAUGCCUUUAAGAUGCAAAAUGGGUUAGAAUUGCUGCCUGGUGUCAAUGACUUGGGGGGUGUUGUAAUAGAUUUGCAAGGUGGAAACUACAAAAUCAGCAAGCCACUUAGGUUUCCUGCUUCUGGUGGUGGCAAUGUUGUGGUAGAAGGAGGAACCUUAAGGGCAUCAGACACAUUUCCUGAUGAUGAACAUCUGAUACAAGUAUGGUCCCCAAACUCCAAGCUAUCUGAUAGAACACAUUCCUUUCAUCUCGACCCCCGCAGCAUUACUGAUCGUAAAGACCAAAGUGUAGGAAUCUACUACGAAGACAUAACCUUCAGGGACAUUCUUUUCGAUUCAAGAUACAGAGGCGGAGGAAUUCUCAUAAUCGAUUCAGCAAGGAUUCGCAUCGACAACUGCUUCUUUCUCCACUUCAAAACCCAAGGAAUUCUGGUCCAGAAAGGACACGAAACCUUCAUAUCAGGUUGCUUCUUAGGACAGCAUUCCACAGUUGGUGGAGAUUCAGGGGAGAAAGAUUUCACAGGCACUGCCAUUGAUCUUGCCAGCAAUGACAACGCCAUCACAGAUGUCGCAAUAUUUUCAGCUGCCAUUGGUGUGUUAUUAAGAGGCCAGGCUAAUAUUUUAACAGGAAUACAUUGCUAUAACAAGGCAACGUAUUGGGGUGGUGUAGGAAUUUUGGUGAAACAAUAUGCAGCACUGACAAGGGUAGAUAAUUGUUACUUAGAUUAUAACAGUAUAGUAAUGGAAGACCCAGUCCAAGUUCAUGUUACCAAUGGGCUAUUUUUGGGGGAUGGGAAUGUGGUGUUGAAAGCUAUCAAUGGUAAGAUUUCUGGGUUAAAUAUAGUGAAUAACAUGUUCAAUGGGAACCCAAAACAUAUGUUCCCUAUAGUCAAAUUAGAUGGGUUAUUUAGCAGCAUUGAUCAAGUGGUGAUUGACCAUAACAAUGUAAAUGGCAUGAGCUUGAGAUCAACUGUAGGGAGACUGACAGUUGGCGGAAAUGGAACUAAAUGGGUAGCUGAUUUUUCACCUGUUUUGUUGUUUCCUGACAAGAUUAAUCAUUUUCAGUACUCAUUUUACACCAGUAGUGCUCAAGGGUUCCCAGUAGUUCAUAGAGUGACAGGUGUGUCAAAAAAUGUGGUGGUUGUGGAGAGUGAUAAAGCAGUUAAUGGUGUGAUAUCUGUAGUUGUUGAUCAGUAUAAUUUGGUUGGAGAAGGUAAUAUUGUUAUGUAAAGAUUAAAGUUCUUCUAUUCAAUCAAGCAAAUAAAGCCAACAGGAUUUCAUGGA